AUGCAGAAGUAUGUGGUUGGCUUUGAGAUCGCAGAUGCGAGAAACCUCACCACGCAAGAUAGUUUGCCAUGCGACCCCUUCGUGGUGGUGGAGUGCUGUGGGAAGCGCUACCAGACCGACACCAAGGAGGCCAAGGCCAUGUUUGUCUCCUGGAACGAGGACAAUAUUUGGCCGGAUGUGGAGCUCUCACCAGAGGAGUUCGAAUCGGCCUACAUCGAGUUCUCUGUGUAUGCGAGGAAUUGGUUCACUCGAAACUUCCUCAUCGGUAAAGCCUUCCUCCAGCUGAAGAGCAUCAACGCGCGGCAAGGCCAUGUCUACAUGAAGAAGUCAUUACCUUUGCGAAAGGAAGGUGAGACAGCUGCCACAGGUAUGAUCACCUUGACUACCUUCUGCUUGAAACCCGGCGAAUCAGCGCCACAAGGGGAAGAGGCGCAGCAGCGCUUGCCAUCGCGUGCCCUAGCCACCCUGCUAUGCCUGCUAUGGCCAUGGCCAGCCUUGCAGGUGAAGGAGGAAGGUGAUGCUGCGGAAGACCUGGAAGAUCUGAGCAAAGCAGUCCUCGGAUCCUCUGCAGAGACGGCAGACACUGGGAAAUCCUAUCACGUGCUGAUCAACAUCUAUAGGGCCGAGAAUUUGGCGAAGAUCAGCGGGUCCAAUCCCAACCCCUUCGUGACCGUGGAAUUUGGAGGUGCAUGUGUGAAGACAACUCCUGCGUAUGACGUGGAGCAAUAUACCUGGAACGAAUGUGCGCGGAUACCAGUUCAAACCCCUGUUUAUGAGGACACCAUCCUCAUCAAACUUUGGAGUGGCGGCUCUGCGCUGACGAUGACGCCUGACUCAUUGCUAGCACAAGGUUUAAUCUCCUUCAGCGAGCUGCGGAACAACUCUUUGCCUGCGAGGUGGUUUUGUCUCUAUGGUUGGGAUCCUGAAGAGGUACCCGAUGUGAAGCAGAUCGCAAAGAGUGGCGAGAACAUUAAGCCCAACUUUUUCAAGGGCAAACUUCUCAUCAGCGGGCGGGUGGAACGCCUGGGUGCAGAAGAUACCAUGAUGCCGGCCGGCAUCACCAUGUCCAGAUCUGCACCGGAGCCUCGCAACAUGCAACUGGCACUGCUGGCGGAUGUCUACGAGGUGUGCGGAGCAGUGGGCAGAGAAUGUCAGGUGCAACUGGCCUUUGGCAGCAGCACCAAAGAGACCAAGGAGUGGGUAUCACCAGGUGGCCUUGACAAGAUUGCAGCCAUUGAGCAGCAUGGCCAGAAGUCAGUGACUGAUGAUUUUGGGGAAGACGAUCGUGUCUACGAUGUGGAGGACGUCACGACCUUCAGUUUCACGCAGGAGCAAGGUCGAAUCGAACCCAUAUUGUCCAUGGCGCCAGAAGAAGCCAAGUCACAGCCGCUGGUGAUGGUCAACGUCUACACUCGUGGUGUCCUUUCAGGCAAAAGCCGAGUUGGCUAUCAGAUGAGGCAGCUCGAGACCUUUCGGAAGUACGAACCUGGGAAUCCGGGACGACCUCGAUACAUUCCGCUGGAACCGAUGCCUUUCAACACCCAUGCUCGUAUUCCCGGAUCCGUUUUGAUGGUCAUCGAGCACUUCACCACGGAUGACGUGCCACGUCACAAUCGGAGAACUGUCAAGCCGAUGGUGUAUAUUGUUCGCGCUUAUGCCUUCAUGGCCCGCAACAUCAAGGUGGAUACUGCUUCAACUAACCUGGCUUUGCGGGUGGCUUGCGCAGGGAUCUCCAAGACUACAGCUCCAGAAGCCGGCCAAGUACGACCUAUGUGGAUGAAGCCCUUGGAGUUGAAAGUGACUCUGUGUUCGGAUCAUCCCAAAGAGCCACCCACCAUGGAGCCGAUCACGGUGACCUUGCUGGAUAGUCAGACGAUUUUGGGCGUGAAGAAUGACAGAGACAUCGGCAAGACGGUGUGCACAUACGAGUACAUGCGGCAGAAAGACAACAUGGGCAGAUGGGAACCUUAUAGGUUGCAGCCCCAAUGGGUGAAACUCUUCGGAGGGAACUACGGAAGCGUGGCCAUGGGUGAAGUCCUCAUUGGAUUUGAACUUCUUCAUUCCAAGUUUAGAGCUGACCUUCCAGCCAUCCAGAUGUGGCCAGUUUCCGAAGAAGAGUUUGACCCAAAGCGCCACUUCUCAAAGUUGAAAAAGGCGACCCUUCACUUCACCCUGUAUGGCCUCAGAGAUUUGAUCUCCACAGGUCGCCAAGAGGAUCCCCUGGUCAACGUGAGGGUGAAAAAGUUUGAGGAGCAACGGCCAACUGAAGAUGGCGCGCCUCCUCCGAGCAAGUACUAUUCCAUGAACUUCAAGUAUGAAAAGUUGGUGUACGAAGGGCAAGAGGACAACAAAGAUGACCACCUGCACAAGUGGCGGACGGAUGCUUUGGGGCAUCAAGGUUGUCGCAACUUGGAAUUCUUUCAGGUUCAAAAGAUAAAUGUCAAGGUGCCUGACAAGGAGAUUUUACAGCCGUUCAUUGCCAUCCGAGUGCUGGAGAAAGCGGUGGAGCUGUUUCAAGGAACUGCGCUUCAAAUGAAGCCCUUCGGAGAUGAAGGUGCUUUGGUUGGCGAAAGCCGUCAGAGUCUAAAUCGACUUUACCCUUGUACUUGGUACGAGGGAGUUACUUUGGAUCAGCCCUACAGCUACCAGGAAAACCGCAUCAAGCGGGGUGUUGACAGAGCCAUCAAGGCUUGCGCUUCAAGGACGGCGUACCAGGAGGAGACCCCUGAAGAUCGAGCCAGAGAACUGCAGGCUGAAAGAGAGCAGAGGCGACAGGAGCAGUUGGACUACAUGAAGUCCCUGAUCACCAUGGAAGAAGAGAAGGCCGAAGUCAUCGAUUCUCGAGCAUUGCCACUGGAACUCAGACCUUUCAAGUCCGUUUUCAAUCCAGCGGGAUAUUUGCCAGAGGAUCGUGAAGUCCUCCAGCUGCGUGAGGAGCAUGUGCUGAACAUGGAACAGCUUGGGAAUUUCCCCACCUGCUUUGGUGAGAGAGCCCAUGGAGAAGCCGGAGGAGCAGGGAUACGACUGCGUGGGAAACUGGAGGAUUCCAAGCAGAUACAUGUCUUCCAGCCUGAUUUCUGGUUUCGCAAUGCGCCUCUCAUGCGAAAUGCGGAUAUCGUAGAAGAUGACGAGCUGGCAGACUGGAAUUUCUACCAUGACAAAGUCUUCGGCUUUGUGAAGUGUUGCUUCAAACUGAUGGAUGGUUGGGAUUCAGAUGCUCACCAGGAGACAGGUGCUGUGCUCCAAGAAGAACUGUCAGAGGAAAGUGAGGAGCCUCCAGCAGUGGCUGGCCCCGCCACACCUGCAGCCACAACCCCUGCAGCCACACCUGCUGCCAGCCCCACCGGUACCGGUGCGGUCGGGGCCCUGCGCGGCUUGGGUGGGCUCGUAGCUGCAGCGGCCCACUCAGCGGCCCACUCAGCGGUCCAUGCUGUUGAAUCAGCGGCCCAUGCCACGGAGAUGUUGUUGGGAGAGACCCACGUUGCAGCGGCUCAUAAAAAGGAGCAGGAACAUGCGCAUCAUGAAAGCGUUCGAGUCACGGAGGAAGAUAUUGCCAAGCUUCGCAGAUCUGUGGGCUUUGACGAUGACCUGGACUCUUACGCCUUUGAUGCUGCUCGGAUCUGCUCGGUGGCCAAGCUCACUUCACGCUUCAAAAACAAGGAGCGUGUGCCAUCGCGGAUUCGUGUGCGGAUCUACUUUGUCAAAGCCAUUUGCAUUUUUGGCAAGCAGGUGGCCUGGCUGAUUGGCUUUGCUUGGGUGGGCAAAUGUGGGCAAUUUGACCUGGUCAGAGCGGGCGUUCGCCUUGCUUGCGUGGAAGGCUUCUUUGGGAAGGCCUUUAUCGACCCUUACCUGGCUUACAAGUUGGGCAAUGUGUUGGUCUCCAUGAGGAACAUGGCCCAGUUCAACACCAACGUGCCGAGCUUUUAUCGGGUCGAGGAGCGUGAUAUCGUGAUGCCUGCAGAGGCUAGAUUGCAGGUGGACCUCUUCGAUUAUCAAGAUGCAUUUGGUGAAGCCAUCAACGGUGAAAAACUGAUUGGCAGUACUGUGAUUGACCUGGAGGACCGAUGGCACUCAGCUUCCUGGCGGGAUGCAAUGGAUCGACGACAGCAGAUCCCCACCGAGAAUCGGGCCUUGAUCAACCCGCAACUCUCGGGGCAAAACUGCGGAAGUAUCGAGAUGUGGGUUGAGAUGAUAGAUAGCGUGCGUGCAUCUGACAUCAAGGCGUCCGAACUUCGAAAACCACCUGCCAUGGAGAUCGAGGUUCGCUUGGUGAUCCGCACCUGCAAAAAUGUCAAACUGUGGGAUGGCACCAAGACUGACGUCAAGGUCACAGUGGACUUGGAAUGUCGGGAGUACGAAGGAGUCACCAUGGGUUUUCCCAAGCUUCAAGCCACGGACGUUCACUUCGGCUCCACGGGUAACGCAAUCUUCAACUGGCGCAUUGUGUAUCCGCGCAUCGUGAUGCCGACGAAGAGUUGCACAAUGGAUUUGAAACUGUACCAAGCCAAUAGUAUUUCCGCCGAUGAAUUCAUUGGCGCCGUCGGCAUUGACUUGCGACGGUAUGUGGAGCGUGUGGCGAGGGAUAUGGAUUGCAUCUACAUUGAGAAAGCGGACCUCCAAUUCUCCGCUAGCUCUGGUGGUGACGAUGGUGAAGGUGGAGAAGCAGCAGCUGAUGCGGAAGAUGAGAAAGUGGGUUCUGUGCAGUUCGAGAUGUGGUUCAUGACCCAGAGUGAGGCCAAUCAGAAACGCGCAGGGAAAGGACGCGAGGAUCCCAACGACUAUCCUCAACUGGUCACUCCAGCGGAAGGACGUGGUUGGGGAGAUGUCCUUGGUGGCUUCUCCAUCUCCUUGCCCGAUUUGGGUUUGAUGAAGAAGAUCAUUCCCAUCGUCCUUUUUACACUGAGCGUGGCAUGCUUUAUGUUCUACAGUCAGUUGUUGCCCCCUCGAGGCCCUGAAAUUGGUUUCCGAAUGCUUGGGCUGGGAAUGUGUACAGAAGGGUGGCCAUAUCCAGUGGGUGGUGUUUGGGCCUUAGAACAACAAAUCGAACCACGUGUGAGUCAGAGCUUGCGGUUCGAACUUGAACCUCUACCAACGCGCAAGGAGGACCUGGCCAGAAGCCUUUUGCAGCUGCAAGCUGGCCAGUGGCUAUCGCACAUCCCUGGCAUGCACGAGGCUUGUCAGAAAGCCAGUCUUACCAGAGCGUUGGAGGCGAAGCAAGCCCCUUUCUGGCCACGCUCUUGGAGGCCUCCGUCCCUGUGA